AGUAGACACUACUACCUCAGCCAGGAGACCAAAGCAAUGAUAACCCUUAUUCUAAAAGUCACAGCACGGCAUUGACCCUUUGUCUCCUGAACGUAGACCCUGAACAACUGACGUAUAUGCUCUUAUCACAGAAUUCUUGCGGCUAUUCUUAAACUCCUUCCCCCCUUAACACUUCUGAACAGAGGAACUUAGAGAAGAAUAUGCACCCGUGCUAUGAACCUCUAUAUCCACUUCAUCAAGUCGGUUUUCACUAUAUAUCCGUUCUAAGGUGCCUUAAACUAUCUGUGGCCCUGGCAUAUAUGCUGGUUCGUGGCGGGGCGUUAAUAUCACGCCGAUAUUUUGUUCCUUCCCACCUUCUUUUGACCCGCCGAGUCGCUCACCUUGCCUGUUACUAACCUUCCCGUGGUUGUCUCCUACCUUAUCCAAGUCGCUGGCCGCUUAGUCGUUGAGCACUCAUCUUCGGCUUCAACUGAAGGGGAAUUCUCUUUCCAUGACGAGGGAGGUGAGCCAUCUUUCCCACCUUCCUCUGCAAACAGGCUCCUGGGAGCAUUUCUUGGCCCCUUUCCCUCCCGCUUUGCUGAUCCUGCGCGACACACUGCUCUCGCCCAUCGCCUCUUCGCCUUCUCGCCUCCACGUCACACUAUCAAGGACUUCUGACGACCACAGCACCAAGCACCAAGCACCAAGCAGCAGGCAGCAGGCAGCAGGCACCAUGUCCACGUCGUCGAGUCGUCGCAAAGUGGCUAGGCUCGACCUCAACACCCCUAUUGCAACCUGCUACCCGGAGGGCUGCACUUCUGGACCCCCCGUGAUCCAUGACUUUGGAGAUCUCCUCAACCUGCCUGGUAAAAAACCGUAUGAAGACGAUGACUUGAAAACGCGUGAGAGCUUCGGAGACUGGAUGGAAAAGCCCUUCUUCAGGGUUGAAGUCGGCGGCAGAUUCUUCAACGUGCCUUCGGGACUGCUGCGCGACUACCCCUACUGGAGCAGCCUGCUCUACGGAAACUGGAAGGAGAGCGUCACCGACACGCGCGUGAUCGAGGGCAUCCCCGCCGACGUCUUCGGGCUCGCGCUGGAGAUGGUCGUCCGCCGCGGCCUGCUGCACGACGACGAGCUCCGGAAGCUGGACCUACCCACCCUGUUCGCCGUGGUCCGGGUCUUCGACCGCUUCGCCAUGGACCGCAUGAUCGGGCCGACGCUGAACAUCGUCAACAAGUCCCUCGACAUCCGCUGGUACGCCACUGGCGGCCCCGACUUCAACCCCGACGGCGAGGCCAGGUCCGGUUUCGCGCUCGACACGUCUGUCCGGCGGGCCGCCGAGAUCAAUAACGCCUUCGAGAUUGGUCGCCCGGCGGCCUGCCUUUCCCAGCAUGUCAAGGGCGACUUUUUCGCGAUGCAUUUCCUGCUGAACAUCCCGCGCCGCCACUACGAUGCCACCCUGCCCAAGGUUUGCCACGAGCUGCUUGUCGAAAUCAACAAGCUCAUGGCCGAUAUGGGCGGCGCCAGGAUGCUGCAUAAGAACUGGUCGGACAUGCGUGGUAUCGCCCAUGCACGUACUGCUCCCGACCAUUCUCAUCUCGAUAAUGUAAAUGACGAUGCCUCUUCUGUUGCUUCCUCUCGGUCGACUCUGAGUGAGACUCGAUGUAUGUUGAAGACAGUCACCCCCUUUCCCACAACACAUGUCUAUCUCUUGGACUUCCUCCGCUGACC